AUGUCUGUGCUAGUACUUGUCAUAAUGAUCAAUCAUGUCCUUUUCUUGAAACAUUUUUUCGAAGAGGCUAAUGCAUUACAUUCAUAUGGUAAACCAAAUGAUAGCCCAUUUUAUAACACAUACAAUCCUAAUUGGAGAAACCAUCCCAAUUUUACAUGGAGACAAAACCAACCACAAAUGAACCAAGGAAACCAAUUCAACAUGCCAAAUCUGAAUCAUGCCCAACCAAGUCAACCUUUCCCUCCACAAAGAAAGCCUUCCUUAGAAGACACUUUACAACAAUUCAUGCAAUCCACCCAACAAAUCAUGCAAAAUCAAUCUCAAUCCAUUUCCAAACUUGAGACACAAUUUGGUCAACUUGCCAAUGCCGUAACUGAGAGAGAAAAAGGGAGAUUUCCUAGCCAACCCGUCCCAAAUCCUAAAGGCCAAUAUGAAGUAGGAGUUCCUACUCAUAAAGAAGAAGCCAAGUCUAUUUCAGCACUUAGGUCCGGAAAACAAAUUGCCAAACCCGAUUACAUACCUCAAGUUAAAAAAGAUCAAAGCCAACCUCAAAGUUCCAACACAAAUGACUUGUCAAAAGAUAAUGAUCAAAUUCUUCCUUCCAUUCUAAAAGCUCCUUUUCCGCAAAGAUUACUCUCACUCAAGAAAGGCAACCAAUAUAGUGACAUCUUAGAAGUGUUCAAACAAGUAAGUAUCAACAUCCCAUUCUUAGAUGCCAUUAAACAAAUUCCUGCCUACUCCAAAUUCCUGAAAGACCUUAGCACUGUUAAAAGAAACACUAAUGUUCCAAAAAGGCAUUUUUAA